AUGCGCUCGUUCUUGUCCUUGGUUUCCCUCGCGGUCGGCGCUGCUGCCGCCGCGUCCAACGUCAAGCCGUUUGAUCCCAGCUCUCUGAGCCUGAGGGAAGUUGGAGCGCGGAACACGCUGGACUGGCGUGUUUGGCUGGAGCAGCAUGGCAACCCGAUUUCAUUCUGGCACGACAUCCCUCUCUACCCCCAGGGAAACGUCUCCAACAUCAUCAACAUGUAUGUUGAGAUUCCCCGAUGGACCGACGGCAAGCUUGAAACGAAGCGAAAUGAACCCAUGAACCCCAUAUUCCACGACGACAAGAAAAAGAAGCCGCGAUUUGUCUUUAGCGUCUGGCCUCAAAAGACGUAUCCCUUUAACUACGGCUCCAUACCCCAGACUUGGGAGGACUCAACUGUUGUCCACAACUUUACCGGAUACGUUGGCGACAAUGACCCGAUGGAUAUUUUCGACGUUAGUUCGCUGGAGCCUCCCUACGUAGGACAAUUGAAGCAGGUCAAGGUCCUUGGCGGCCUGGCCAUGAUCGACGAGGAAACCACUGACUGGAAGGUCCUUGCCAUUGAUGUCAAGGACCCAAUCGCCUCCAAGGUGAACAAUGUCGAUGAUUUGGAAGUUUUCCGGCCUGGAAGCAAGCAGUCCUUCUAUGACUGGUUCAUCUACUACAAGGUGAUCAAAGGCUCGGGAAAGAACUUCAUCGUUGGCGGCAAGUUCCAGGACGCAGACACCAUGAUCGCCCAUAUCCAUGAAAGCCACGACUUUUGGCUCAACCUGAUGCGCGGCAAGACUCAAAAGGAAAAGAUCAACCGCGACCAGACGUCGAACCCGCGUUGGUGCAAGACGUAUGUCCCCUCCAAGAACACCACCGCCAAGUUCAAGAUUCCUGCCAAGAGUAAUAUUCUGCCCCCUGCCGAGCGCCCCGCCCAGUAUGAUCGGUGGUAUUACCUCGACAAGGAGUUCAAUAUUGCCCCGGGCCAGGUGAUUGAGGAGUAA